AGCAGACUACACGCUGGUCUCAAGAUAAUUAUAGAUAGAAAAAAUCCACCAACAUGCCUUCAAAAGUAAAAGAAACAAAGGCUGCAACUCCAGUUAAGAAGGUAGAAACCCCAAAGAAAGGUGCCAAGAAUGCCAAAAAAGCCAAGAAGGUAGUAGAGCAGGAAACGGAAGUAGAGGAAACUAAAGUCGUGGAAACUCCUGCACCCAAAACGACCCCCAAGAAGACUGGCAAGAAGACCCCCAAGAAGGUGGAACCCAAAGAGGAUAUGGAAGUUGAGGAUACCAAAGAGGAGGCAGAAGCAGAGAACACCGAAGCGAAGGCUGAAGGUGGUGAAAAGUCCAAGAGGAGGAGGAAGAGGAAGAGGUCUGAGAAGGUAGAAGAUCCAGAGGCCAAGGAAAACGAAUCUCCCAAGAAGAAAAAGAAAACAAACCCUGAUGUACCAGAUGAAAAGUUGGAGCUCGCUGGGGAGCUGUUGGAUAUCUAUUCCAAGCGGAAGACCAGUAUCUGCGAGCGAACCCUCAUCGUCAGAUUGAAGAAAUUCAAAUCCGAUUACUUUAAGACAAGGCCAGAUAUUUUUAAGGAUGCAAUCUUCUACGGUGUUAAGUUCGGAAAAAUGUGCUUCGUGAUUUACAAAUCGAAGGCAGAGGCUCAGAAGAAGUUGACUGAACUACAGAAAAGCCCUGACGUGCAAAUUGCAAGGAAUUGGGAACAGCGGGAUAUCGUUGCAACUGUAAAUCCAUACACAUUGUUUGUUGAGCAUUUACCAGAGGAGACAACAGAGGAGGAAUUGCAGAAAGUAUUCCCAACAGCCACCGCCAUGCACUAUAAUUCAGACAAGCGCUUUGUCAACCUGGCCUUCUCAACCAAAAAGGAUGCUGAGACCGUCUUCAGAGAAUCCGAAAAUCUGAAGAUGAAGGGUGUGGGGAUCAUUGUACUUUUCGGCAAAUAUGGCUACAACUGGGAACGUAACCCAGGAAAGUUACAGAAAAGUAAUUGAAACUUUCAACGGAAACUAAUAUAAAGAGGACUAUGUUGAAUUUGAGUAACUAUUUACUCAUGUUAUUGUUUGUUAAAUGUGAAUGUAUGAUGUAUUUUUUUUCCAUAUUUUUUAUGAAUGAACGUUAAAAUUCAA